AUGAAAGCUUUAACGUGGAGUAAACGAUUACUUAGUUUUUCUGGGGUUUGGCCAAUGGAAAUUCGGGACUCUUUAUUCGUACCUUUUCUAUUUUAUGGAUGUCAUUACAGUUUUUUAGGACUUCUCGAUAUGAUCGAAUAUAUCAAAGAUUUUCGUUACGUACUCAUAAACAUUAGGGAGAAUAUGCUGAUGUUAAUGACACUGACAAAAUUUGGAAUGUGCCGAAUAAAAUAUCGAUCAUUGUCAAGAUUUUUGACAGAAACGGAAAACGAUUACACAGUCGAUAAUUAUAAAACUAAAGAAGAGAGGCUGAUUUUUAUGAAGUAUAACAAAUUUUCCUAUAUAUUCAUCAUGAUGUCGUUCCCAUCGAUGACCUUCAUACUUCUUUUGUAUUAUUUUAAAACUGUCAUACCGAGUAUUCUCAUGGUUAUGACGAAUUCUUCAUUGGAAUAUAAAUUACCUUAUAAAAUAAAGCCGUUAUUGAAGCCGUAUGAUGCAAAAAGCUAUACAUUCGGCUGCAUACACGAAUUUUUUCGUACAAUUAUAAUCCUUUCCGGUUAUAUUGGGACCGAUAGUUUAUUGGCUACUACCGGAUUUCAUCUUACCGGUCAAUUGGCAAUUUUGAAGUGCAGAGCGAAGAAUGUUGUAAAUGACACCGACGGUUGUCGGGAGGGAAUUCGAAAAAUGAUUCUUCAUCAUCAUCGUUUGAUAAGAUUAGCGGAUAUAUUAGAGGAUAGUUUUAAUAUAGUUAUUGGACAACAUUUAUUUGGGACAACGUUACAGCUUUGUAUAUCUUAUUAUCAAAUGCUGUCCAGUUUAACAGUAUUAGAAGGAAUCGGUAUAUUAUCGUUCUUUAUGUACAUUUCUCUUUUGUCGGGAACAUUGUUCACUUAUUGUUACAUCGGUGAAUGUCUCAUUCAGGAAAGCACGAGCUUAUGCGAAGCUCUUUAUCAUUGCAACUGGUAUGAACUGUCGACGAUCGAUAUGAAAUCGAUUUGCAUUUGCAUGAUGCGAGCUAGAAAGCCACUAAAAUUGACUUGUGUGAAGCUUUGCAUUGUGUCUUUGCGUACUUUUACUGAGGCAACUCUCUGA